GUGACUUGACCAAGGUCACACAGCAGAGAUAUGGCUGAACUGACAUUAGAAUCCAUGACCUUAUGACCCAUGAUCUUAGAAGUGCCGAAGAGAGACCCUGAUCUACUUUUGUUCCUGCUUGGAUUUGGAUGGAGCCAAUCCCGUGGUCCCAAGACUUUCCUCUCAGGAAGGGCUUAGGAGAAGCUGAACUAUAGUCAGUCAGUCAAAAGCUAAGGCGAUUUGUACCAACGUGAGAGAGGAUGUAGAGGAAACUUCCUAAUUGCUUUUUUCCUCUUCCUGUACCUAAGACCUCUCCCUGUUGUCUCCUGCAAGCUGUUCGGACUAAUGGGAGUUUAUAUGGAUUGGCAAGUACCUUGCAGGUCGACCUAUGAACUGUCCAAGUGCUAAUAGACCUCUGAGACAUGGCACAGGAUUGAGUGAGAGAUGUAGGAAGAAAUGGACAAAAGUACCUCAUAUCCCCUUGUGCCUAUAUCUGGUGAUCUAGACUGGAUCUGGAAGCUGGGGGGACUCUGGGAUCCACCCCAGCAACGUUGAUGGUGCUGAACGCCUGGCUGAUCCCUGAGUCAUGAUGCUUCGUCGAGGGAUGCUUGCCUGGAUUUCUAGGGUGGUGGUUCUGCUCGUGCUUCUUUGCUGUGCUGUCUCCGUCCUCUACAUGCUGGCCUGUACUCCGAAAGGGGAUGAGGAACACCUGGCCCUGCCCAGGGCCAACAGCCCAACAGGCAAAGAAGGCUACCAGGCCAUCCUGCAGGAGCGGGAGGAGCAGCACCGGAAUUACAUCAACAGCCUGAAGAGACAGAUUGCCCAGUUGAAGGAUGAGCUCCAGGAAAGGAGCGAGCAACUGAAGAACGUGCAGGAUCACAAUGGUGACACUGUGGGUUUAGGGGUAGGCCAGGGCCACCCUGGGAAGGCCCAGGCUGACCUGCUGGACUUCCUGCACUCCCAAGUUGGCAAAGCAGAGGUGCAAGCUGGUGUCAAGGUGUCAACCGAGUACGCUGCGGUGCCUUUUGAGAGCUUCACGCUGCAGAAGGUGUACCAGCUGGAGAUGGGUUUGACCCGCCACCCGGAGGAGAAGCCAGUGAGGAAAGACAAGCGAGACGAAUUGGUGGAGGCCAUCGAAUCGGCCCUCGAGACCCUGAAUAGCCCAGUUGAGGAAAGCAACAGCAAUGGCCGGACCUACGCAGCCUCAGAUUUCAUUGAAGGCAUCUACCGAACAGAGAAAGACAAAGGCACUUUGUAUGAGCUCACUUUCAAAGGGGACCGAAAACAUGAAUUCAAACGGCUUGUUUUAUUCCGGCCAUUUGGUCCCAUCAUGAAAGUGAAGAAUGAAAAAAUCAACAUGGCCAGCACGGUGAUCAAUGUUAUCGUGCCUUUGGCAAAGAGAGCGGACAAGUUUCGACAGUUCAUGCAGAAUUUCAGGGAGAUGUGUAUACAGCAAGAUGGGAGAAUUCACCUGACCGUUGUUUACUUUGGAAAAGAACAAAUGAGCGAAGUCAAAGGAAUACUUGAAAAUACUUCCAAAGCAGUGAACUUCAAGAACUUUACCUUUAUCCAGCUGAAUGGAGAGUUCUCGAGAGGAAAGGGACUGGAUGUCGGGGCACGCGUAUGGGAAGGCAGCAACGUCCUCCUCUUUUUCUGUGACGUUGACAUCUACUUCACUGCCGAGUUCCUCGAUACAUGCAGGCUGAACACACAGCCAGGGAAAAAAGUGUUUUAUCCAGUCCUGUUCAGUCAAUAUAACCCUGGGAUAAUUUAUGGCCAUCAUGAUUCAAUCCCAUCCUUAGAACAGCAGUUGGUUAUCAAAAAGGAAACUGGAUUUUGGAGAGACUUCGGAUUUGGGAUGACUUGUCAAUACCGAUCAGACUUUAUCAACAUAGGUGGGUUUGAUCUGGACAUCAAAGGCUGGGGAGGAGAAGAUGUGCACCUUUACCGCAAAUACCUUCACAGCAACCUCAUUGUGGUGCGGACUCCUGUGCGGGGGCUCUUCCACCUGUGGCAUGAGAAGCGGUGUGUGGACGAGCUCACGCCCGAACAGUAUAAGAUGUGCAUGCAGUCCAAGGCCAUGAAUGAAGCCUCCCACGGCCAGCUGGGAAUGCUCGUCUUCAGGCAUGAGAUCGAGGCUCACUUACGCAAACAGAAACAGAAGACCGGCAGCAAAAAAACAUGAGCUCCCCUUGACCCCCUACCCCAAAAAAAGUGACGGUGAGGAUGUUCUCAGGCGGGCAAUGGGUUGGGUUUUCAACAAUACUGACUGCAGCAAGUGAGAGAGUGCAAGGCAAGGAGGAGAAGGAAGAGAAAGCCUUGCUCUGCCCCACGCUGCUUUCCUCUGUAGGAUCUAAGUCUCCCACUUUGCCUGCAUUAAUGAUACUGAUUCACUUCUUGGCUUUUCAGUCAAAAGGCAGAGCUGAUUGUGAGAUUGGAAGCCUGAACACUCACAUUCUGAUUACUGUAUGAGCUUUACAGUAAGAAGGGAUACGUUGUUUUCUAUACACUUGUUGAAAUACUUUUAUUGAACUGUAUGACAAUGCUUUUCUAAAAAAAAACAACAAAAAACAAACAAAACUCUGGUCACUCGGAAAGGCAAUCACAUUUACUUCCACAGGAAUAAACACUUCAAUGGAAGCUUCCUCAAUUCCACAAAUCUGAAUUCUAGAAGGAUCAAGCAGAGGUGUGGUGAGGGAAGAAAGGUGAAAUUACACAUAGUGUGCAUUCAUUUGGAUUCUUACCAAAUAUUUUAAAUGAAACCAAAAAUGAAAAGCCAUAUAUAUAUAUAGCUAUGGAAAUGUAUAUCUAUAGCUAGAUAUGUAUCUAGUCUUUUCUUCUAAGACUAACCAACAAUAAUCUGUUUAUUUGUUGGUGAUAUUUGAACAAUGUUCAUUUAUUUUAUUUAAAAAUUGCACUUUUUUGCUUGUGCAUUAUUUUGUGCUUAUUUAAAUGUCAAUUUGCAAGCCUUACUGACGAGCACAACUUACUGUACCUUUUUAUAUUUGAAAAAUAUAUUUUUAAAUGCUUGAGGGGAACAUUCCGUUCAGAGCAUACAAAUUGUGAGCCCCAUCCAAGCAUAUGCCAAGUGAUGGAUUCUUUCAGGCACUGUGCUUCUAACAGUUUAGCAAUUUGGAAUGCACAGCUUGUUGCUAUUGAUAAGCAAGAGACGUAUUGAUAUAAUUCUCUGAAGAGUAUUCUUGGAAAAGGAAAAAUUGAACACUGGAGUGGAAGGAAAAAAGACACUUUUCACCUUAACAGCAAAGAAAAUCCAUUUUCAAGUCUGGUUAUUUCUUGAAACAUUCAAAACCUGACAUGUCUUCUCAGGCUGACUGGGAACAACUUUUCUUACUUAUUUAAGUAAAACCAAAGUAUAUGCUGUGUAAACCAAACCUUAUCACUUUUGUAGGCAGUGUGCUUUUAUCUUCACAGGAAUCAUGUUGCAGAAACAUUUUUAAGAAAAAUCUACCCAUCAGAGUCAAUUAAUCAAGAAGAGGUUUUCAUGUCCACUUUCCCCAAAUCUUUUGUUUUUAUUUUUUUACAUGAAGCAGCUUGUAUUAUUCAGUUACAAUGAGGUAUUUUGAAAUUUUAUCCUAUUGAUGUUACAAAUCUUUUUUUUUUUUUGGUCAGUGUUGUGAGAUGGCUUCUGUACCAUGUUAAAAUUUAUUUAUUAGUCCUCAACUGGUGCAUGGGCCAGUUAUCCCUUGGCUUUCCAGCCUUGGUUUUUCCUCUGUAAACCCAUUGCUUAGAAGCUUCAAGUACUUUCAAGCUGUUGGUGUGUAAAAAACAACAACAUUGUAAUGAUUUGUACCAGUAGCUUGUAAAAUUUAAUUAAAAACACAAGACACACCAAUGUAAGGUGGCAUUGGACAGCUAAUAAAAUAAGAUUGGUAUUGA